AUGGCUGAAGAAGAACACAACUUCGAGGUUGCAGAUGCAGGAUCCUCCCUGACCUUCCCAAUGCAAUGUUCUGCAUUGAGAAAGAACGGUUUCGUCGUCAUCAAGGGCAGACCAUGCAAGAUUGUCGACAUGUCGACCUCCAAGACCGGUAAGCACGGUCACGCCAAGGUCCACUUGGUUGCCAUCGACAUCUUCACCCAAAAGAAGUUGGAGGACUUGUCUCCAUCCACCCACAACAUGGAGGUUCCUGUUGUCAAGAGAAACGAAUUCCAAUUGUUGGACAUCGACGACGGCUACUUGUCCUUGAUGAACAACGACGGUGACAUGAAGGAGGACGUCAGAGCCCCAGAAGGUGAGAUGGGCGAAAAGUUGCAAUCCGAUUUCGACGACGGUAAGGAAUUGAUUGUCACCAUUGUCUCUGCCAUGGAGGAAGAAGCUUGUAUCUCCUACAAGGAAGCUCCUAAGGGCAAUUAG